AUGUGGGAACGAGGAUGCAUAACUGGAGGCGUGUUUGCAGAGGAAUCGUGCGUGUGCGUGUCUGUGUGCGUGUGCGUGUCUGUGUGCGUGUGCGUGUCUGUGUGCGUGUGCGUGUCUGUGUGCGUGUGCGUGUCUGUGUGCGUGUGCGUGUCUGUGUGCGUGUGCGUGUCUGUGUGCGUGUGCGUGUCUGUGUGCGUGUGCGUGUCUGUGUGCGUGUGCGUGUCUGUGUGCGUGUGCGUGUCUGUGUGCGUGUGCGUGUCUGUGUGCGUGUGCGUGUCUGUGUGCGUGUGCGUGUCUGUGUGCGUGUGCGUGUCUGUGUGCGUGUGCGUGUCUGUGUGCGUGUGCGUGUCUGUGUGCGUGUGCGUGUCUGUGUGCGUGUGCGUGUCUGUGUGCGUGUGCGUGUCUGUGUGCGUGUGCGUGUCUGUGUGCGUGUGCGUGUCUGUGUGCGUGUGCGUGUCUGUGUGCGUGUGCGUGUCUGUGUGCGUGUGCGUGUCUGUGUGCGUGUGCGUGUCUGUGUGCGUGUGCGUGUCUGUGUGCGUGUGCGUGACUCUGGUGUCCGAGCCUGGUGAACUGUACCGGUUACAUCACAUGCACCCAAAGUUGACACCAAAUGACACAGAGUUCACAACAAUCAACAAACGAGUAACAAUUACAUGUCUAAAUUUGUUUGUAACAAAUCAACUAGUGCCUGAAUUUUAG